CGCAAUCUCCUGUCUGUUGGCCCAGACUCCUGCCUGCGGUCCCUGACCACAGCUGCCAUGCCUCGUGGGCAGAAGAGUAAGCACUGUGCUCGUGAGAAACGUCGCCAGGCCCAAACUGAGACCCAGGGUGUUCAUGAUCAGGCUACCACAUCUCGGGGAGAAGAGACCACCUCCUCCCCUCCUGAUUCAGAGAGUGCUCCCUCAAGCUCGUCUGCUGCUGGCACUGCCAUGGGGCCUCAGGGAGCCCAAGGCACCACCAGUGCUGCUGCAGGUGCUAUACCCAAAAGAUCUGGUGUCGGUGGCGCAGCACGCUCGAGAUCUGGAGUAGGUGGCACAGCACACUCGAGAUCUGGUGUAGGUGCCGAGGGCCAAGUUCAGGAAAGUGAAAAUUCCUCCCGGGCCUCAGCUGCUGCUGAGAGCUCUCACACAGAUCUUCUGACCAUGGAGUCAGAGAAUUUGGUGCAGUACAUGCUGUUUAAGUAUAAGAUGAGGGAGCUAAUUAAGAGGUCAGAAAUGGUGAAGGUUAUCCACAGAAGGUACAAGGCGCAAUACCCUGAGAUCCUCAGCAGGGCCUCUGAGCAGAUGGAGAUGGUGUUUGGCAUGGUGCUGAAGGAAGUCAGGCCCAACAGUCACUGCUAUACCCUGGUGAGCAACCUAGAUCUCAGCGACAGUGAGUCUAUGAGAGGUGACCUGGGGCUGCCGAAGAAUGGUCUUCUGAUGCCUCUGCUGGGUGUCAUCUACCUGAAUGGCCAUCGCACCUCUGAGGAGGAGGUCUGGAAGUUCCUGAAUAUUCUGGGCAUCUAUGAUGGAAGAAUGCACUUCAUCUUUGGAGACACCAGGAAGCUCAUCACAGAAGAUCUGGUGAAGGAAGAGUACCUGGAAUACAACCAGGUGCCUGGCAGCAAUCCCCCUCGCUAUGAGUUCCUGUGGGGUCCUAAAGCGCUCACAGAAAACAGCAAGACGAAAGUCCUGCAAUUUUUGACCAAGGUCAACAAUUUGGUCCCUGACGCCUUACUGCCGCAUUAUGAGGAGGCUUUGAGAGAGGAGGCAGAGAGCUCCGGAGCCAGAGCUGCAACCGGGACCGGCCCUUCUGCCUCAGCCAGCGCUGGCCCUUCUGCCUCGGCCAGACCUGGCACUUCUGCUGCAGCCAGGGCUGGCACUUCAGCCUCAGCCAGGGCUGACAUGUCUGCCUUGACCAGUGCUGGCCCUUCAGCCUUGGCCAGGGCUGGCCCUUCGGCCUCGGCCAGGGCUGGCCCUUCUGCCUUGGCCAGACCCAUCGCUUCUGCUGCAGCCAGGGCUGUCAUGUCUGCCUUGGCCAGUGCUGGCCCUUCUGCCUCGGCCAGGGAUGGCACUUCUGCUGCAGCCAGGGCUGGCACUUCUGCCUCAACCAGUGCCCGCUCCAGGGCCACAUCCAGCCGCUCAUCUGGCCCCUAGUGUGGUCUGAAGCCCAUUCUUCGCUUUGUGGUUGGAAAAGCCUGUCAACCUGUGUUCCUAAUAUACAUCAAUAACUUGUUGACUUUUUAUUCCUCAAUUUUCAAUUGUUACUUUUUACAACAAAGUUUAUUUUAGGUUAAUGAUAGAAGUAUUUGAAUUACAUGGGUCUCAUGCUGUUUGCUGUUUGUCAGAUUUAGGAUUAAGAGUUUUGUUCUUUGAAAUACAUAUUGGAAAUCCUCAAAUCACUUUUGUGAUCCAAGCUGAGAAUAACUACACUUUAGGAUAAGAAUAUCCAUAGAAAUGUGCAAGACACCACACUAAGAGAGGCUUAGAACAUAGAUGCAUAGAGAGAUAGCUGAAAGUUUGUCAAUUUUUGGUUUGCUUUACUUACUCUCUGUUUAGUUUCCCUUUAUAUAAAUGUAAAAGAUAUAUACUUUGAUCGGAUUAUAUUUUUCAAGAAUGUUUGAGAAUAUAAAUUAUAGCAAAUGA